AUGCUCUACGCUGACGACGCGGCCAUCGUCUCGCGCUCAACGGAGAGUCUCGAGAAGAUGAUGUCGGUCAUCGUGCGCGUGGCCGGCCUGUUCGGACUGAUGGUGUCGGAGCCCAAGACGGAGAUCAUGUGCAUGCUGCCAAAAGGGAUCGAGGAACGCCCGUUCACGGUCAGCGCCGCCGGCCAGACGUACAAGCAGACAGAUCGGUUUGUGUACCUCGGACGUACCAUCUCCGCGGACGGGAAGGCCGACCGGGAGAUCACGAGCCGCAGCUGCCGAGCGUGGAAGUGCUACCGCCGGAACAUUGCUUUGAUGUACGACAGGCGACGGGCCAACCGCUGCGAGGAAACCAUCGAGGCCACCGUGCGCAAACGGAGACUGUGUUUCGCGGGCUUCGUUAUGCGCAUGGGGGACAGCCGCCUUCCCAAGCGCAUGCUGUUAGGAGCGAUGGCGGGGGGCAUGGGAUACCGGGGCGGGCAGGAGAGCGACUGAGUGUCUCGUCCAGGAGAGGACCUCGUGGCCUGCAACAUGGGAGACGAAAAGGAAGGGGGUAAAUGGAAAGAGAGCGCCAAGGACCCGGAGGUGUGGUACAACAAGGUCGAGGACGGGGCGGCAUGGUUCAUGAGGAAAUGGCACAGGCAG